AUGGCUUUGAACUUGGAAGCCGGUCAAGUCGGUAUUGUGUUGUUCGGUUCCGAUGCCUUGGUUAAGGAAGGUGAAACCGUCAAGAGAACCGGUAAGAUUGUCGACGUUCCAACUGGUCCAGAAUUGUUGGGCCGUGUUGUUGACGGUUUGGGUAACCCAAUCGAUGGUAAGGGACCAUUGAAUGCUUCUUCUUCCUCUAGAGCUCAAGUUAAGGCUCCAGGUAUCUUGCCAAGAAGAUCCGUGUACGAACCUAUGCAAACUGGUUUGAAAUCGGUCGAUGCUUUGGUGCCAGUUGGUAGAGGUCAAAGAGAAUUGAUCAUUGGUGAUCGUCAAACUGGUAAGACCGCUGUCGCUUUGGACACCAUCUUGAACCAAAAGAAGUGGAACGAUGGUUCUGAUGAGAAGAAGAAGUUGUACUGUGUGUACGUUGCCGUUGGUCAAAAGAGAUCCACCGUUGCUCAAUUGGUGCAAACUUUGGAAAAGGCUGAUGCUCUUAAGUACUCCAUCAUUGUUGCCGCUACUGCUUCUGAAGCUGCUCCUUUGCAAUACUUGGCUCCUUUUACUGGUGCUGCCAUUGGUGAAUGGUUCAGAGACAACGGUAGACACUCGUUGAUCAUCUACGAUGAUUUGUCCAAGCAAGCUGUUGCUUACCGUCAAUUGUCGUUGUUGUUGAGACGUCCACCUGGUCGUGAGGCUUACCCUGGUGAUGUUUUCUACUUGCACUCUCGUUUGUUAGAGAGAGCUGCUAAGAUGUCUGAUACCUUGGGUGGUGGUUCCAUGACCGCUUUGCCAAUCAUUGAGACUCAAGGUGGUGAUGUGUCAGCUUACAUUCCAACUAACGUCAUUUCCAUUACUGAUGGUCAAAUUUUCUUGGAGGCUGAAUUGUUCUACAAGGGUAUCAGACCUGCCAUUAACGUUGGUUUGUCGGUUUCCCGUGUCGGAUCUGCUGCUCAAGUUAAGGCCAUGAAGCAAGUUGCUGGUUCUUUGAAAUUGUUCUUGGCUCAAUACAGAGAAGUCGCUGCUUUCGCCCAAUUCGGUUCCGAUUUGGAUGCUUCUACCAAGCAAACCUUGGCUAGAGGUGAGAGAUUGACCCAACUUUUGAAGCAAAAGCAAUACUCUCCUUUGUCUGCUGAGGAGCAAGUUCCUGUCAUUUACGCUGGUGUCAACGGUUUCUUAGAUAACAUCGCCGUCGACAGAGUCGGAGAGUUCGAGGAGGCUUACAUCUCUAGCUUGAAGUCCAACCAACCUGAGAUCUUGGAAGCCAUCCGUGAAAAGGGUGAGUUGUCUAAGGACGACUUGGAGAAGUUGAAGUCUGCUACUGAGUCUUUCGUUGCUUCUUUCUAA